AAAAUAACGAACAACAAUAACAAUUUAAUAUGUAUCUUAUCGUCCGUAUUGAUUACUCCCAAAAAAACAAAAUCGAAGGCGUAUUAUAAUUUUAUUUUUUUCGCAAAUCGUUCAUUGUUUUUUGAAACUCGAGAGAUCAACGUUAUUGAACACUAUGGUUCUCAAACUGUACGCGAUAAUCUCGAGCCCCUCUGUGAGGGCCGUUACUCUUUGCCUCAAAGCUUUGAAACUCGAAGUCGAGUGGAUGGAUGUGGAUUUGUUGGAAAAGGAACAUUUGCUACCCGAUUUUCUCAAGAUAAAUCCCCAACACACUGUACCUGUUUUGGACGACGAUGGAUUCAUAGUAGUCGAUAGUCACGUUAUUAUGUCUUAUUUGGUCACUAAAUAUGGCAAAGGGGAUGACCAAUUGUUGUAUCCUAAAGACCCACAAUUAAGAGCUACAGUAGAUCAUAGGUUACAUUUCGAUACCGGCAUAUUAUCUGGACGAGGUGCUAAUAUUGUAAGAGCCUUAAUAUUUGAAGGGCUGAUGCACAUCCCCAAGGCUCAGAUUCUCGCUCUGGAAGAAUCGUUUAGUAUAGUAGAAAAGUUCCUCGAAUGUACAGAUUAUGUAGCUGGCGAUCGAUUAACUAUCGCCGAUUUUAGUUUAGUUUCUUCGAUCACUUCUUGGUCGGCAUUCCUGCCUAUUCAAGCUGUUAGGUUUCCCAAAAUAUCGGCCUGGUUGCACAAAUUGCAAAGCUUACCUUACUACGCAGAAGGGAAUCAACGGGGAUUGGACGUUUUCUUGGAUUACAUCAAAGAUAAAUUACCGAAUGGGCAUAAAAAUCACUACUGAAAUACUAUUGUAGGUUUAUUU